GCCCAUGGUAAACUGCCCCAUGUGGCAUGCCAUUGGUAACAGAGCUAGAAGAAAAUUCCAAGACCAAGGCAGAAAUAGGAUUUUUUUAAUUGAUUUGUUUCAUGAGGGAGAGCCUUGGGUCCUUGAAUUUUCAACGGCAGAGUUGGGUUUUGUAGUGUUAUGUCACUUCUCCAAGAUUUAAUGCUCAAGCUCAGACCAGACAUUUCUUACUCUUCCAGUUGGUUUUUUUUACUUCUUUUUGUUUUUUUAAUUUGAGCUUGUGUUUCUUAGCUGGUAUCUACCGAAUCUCUCUCUCUAUCAGUAUCUCUGCUAAUGUCACUAAAAUAUUUUCCUGAGAUGGAUCUUUUUUUGUGUCCUUUUUUGGUCCUUCUUUCUUAAAACCAAAUUCCAUUUUUUUAUUGUUAUGUUCAUUAGUAUUAUUCUAGUUGCAGUAAAAAGAAAAGAGAGCCUUGCAAUACUUGGAAGAAAGAAAAAUGGUGCUUGGAGUUUAGUUGUAGUGAGUGUAAGGGGAGACUGAUUGGGUUUAUUUGAAAGAUUGAACUUUUUUGUUCAAUUUAAAGAAUACCCAGUUAUAUUUACCUGUUUUUAUGUAACCCCAUUGUGACAAGGAGCUUGGUGCCUGGAUCAUGGGGUUUUGCUACUUUUGAAGAAUUCAAGGUUUAAAUCUUUGAGUAAUAUUGAUUUAUCGAUGAGAUAAUGGAGGUGGAAAGGAAACGUUCAAAGGGAGGAUUUUUUCAAUUGUUUGAUUGGAAUGGUAAAUCUCGGAAGAAAUUGUUCUCAAACAAUUCUGAAUUAUCAGAAGAAUCAAAGAGAGGAAAACCUGUGGAAAAUCUACUGAAGUUACUGCCUCAUACAACGGAGGGGGAUGAGGACAAUGCCGCUUCAAGUAAUAGACAAAGUGCUGAUUUUAGUUCUGCUUCCUCAGUGACUAGUGAUGAAGGACAUGGAUCUAGAGCGCCUGGAGUUGUUGCUAGGCUUAUGGGUCUGGACUCAUUGCCAACACUGAAUGUCUCUGAGCCCUCUUCUACCGCAUAUUCAGGGUCUUGCUCUCUUAGAGUAUCUCAUUAUGAAAGAAAUACUCCUAAUUUGUGGAAUGACUAUCAACUCACAGACUAUGCCAACAUCUCUAACAACCUUGAUAGGUUGUCUUCAAAUCCCAUUGAACCAAGGUUUCAUAAGGUGCGGAACCGACCAAUUGAGAGAUUUCAGACUGAAAUAUUGCCUCCAAAAUCAGCAAAGCCAAUUCCAAUCACUCAGCAAAAGCUUUUGUCUCCUAUCAGGAGUCCUGGGUUCAUCCCGACCAAAAAUGCAGCUUAUAUAAUGGAGGCAGCUUCAAAGAUUAUUGAGGCUAGUCCUCAGACAACUUCCAAACAUAAAGUGCCAUCAUUUGGGUCCUCUUCAGUUCCUUUGAAAAUCCGGGAUUUGAAAGAGAAAAUUGAAGCUGCACAUAAAGUAUCCAGGCCUCAAAGACCUGAUGAACCUAGUGAAAUUGUGGCAAAGCCUUUGAAAGGGCAGCAUAAGGACAAGAGUCACAAUAAAUCAGAUUAUGCACUGACAUUCAGGAUAUCUAGGGAUUCAGAAAAAGGUAGUUCUAACAGUUUGAGGACUAAGGGGAAAUCAAUCUCGCUCUCAGAACAAGCUAGGAUUAAUGUCCAGAAGAAAGAGGGGUCAUUUUCGAGUGGUAAUGAGAGUGCUGCAAAUCAGAAGGAAAGGAAUGAUGCUAAAAGAAAACAGUUUUCUAGGAGCCAGUCAGAUAUGCAAAAGACUGUGGAGAAAGGAACUUCUACAAACAGGAUUAACAAUGUCCUGAGGCAGAAUAAUCAGAAACAGAACUGCAUAUCUAAUAGAGAUUAUUCAACAUCGAAGACUUUGACCCUGGACCAGCAAGGUAGAAAGGCUAGGUCCAUAAAUGGUACAAUUGGGAUGAAUAGGACUAUAAAUAAGGUGACUGUAAACUCUGAACCUUGGUCCAGGAAGACAGGCUCAGUGGCAACUGAUCCUGCAAAGGGGCUUCCCAUGUCUAGAAGAAAGAAUUUGCCUAGAAAGAAACCGCCUGUAAAUGAGGAUCUUCUAUCUGGAGAAACUGCUUCUGAUAAUUCAUCCAUAAAUGGCAGUGAAAGGUCCAUAAAAUGUAAUGUUACAACUGAUGGGCACUUGAAUCAGGAAGCAGAGAAAAUGAAAACAAGCAUGGACGUUGUUUCAUUUACAUUUACAUCCCCCAUUACAAGAUCCAUGCCUGAUGUACCUUCCACAAGUCGAGUUGUGGAAAAGACUCACAGCUUUGAUAGUGAUCCUUCUGGUGACACUGAUCUGCUAUUUUUGAAAAGCUCAGCAUUUUCUUCUCCUGGACUUAAUAUAAUUGAUGGGGAUGCUCUAAGCGUUCUUUUGCAAAAAAAGCUUCAGGAAUUGACAUGUAGAGUUGAGUCAUCCAAUUGCAAUAUCAUUAUAGAGAGGACUUCGUCUAGUCCAACAUCUAGUUUGCAAUAUUCAGUGCUCUCAUCUGGUACAGUGACUACAACAUCUGCGGGACAUCACACAAGGAUUCAGCUUUCAGAAGUAAUUGAAGAGCAAAAUGCUAGUAGCAGCUGCAGCGAGACUGGCAUAGAAUUAGAUUGUCGAUAUCCUAGCCCACUUUCAACUCUUGAACCUGCUGUCACGAGUGGAAGCUGCUCAGAUAGCAGAGAUGGUACCAAUGGUAAGCUGUGCUCUUCUUAUUCUUAUUUUCUUCUUUGGAAUUCCACAUUUCUUUCACUUGAACCCAUUUUCUUAUGUGAACUAAUUAUUUGUCUGAGAGGCAAAGCAGUUGUUACUUGUGGCACCAAGCAAUUCUUGUUGGCUCAAGAUCAAGAAGUGUUAAGUUGGACCCCUGGAAGUGAGUCUCUUACUGAAUUUGGUAUGGAGUUAUCUGAUUCAGCAUCUUCAAAAUCUGUGGGAGAAAUGGGCAAAAAGCUUCUAACUAGGACAUUAAGUUCAAGAGAUUUUAAAGAGUUAACCAGUUGGGAACUUGAUUAUGUGGAAAUGGUGCUAAAAGACUCUGACCUAAAGUUCGUAGAAUAUGCAUUGGGUCAAACUGAAAAUGUUAUGAUCCUGAAUGCUUUCAAUCAGCUUGAGCAUCGGAAUGGAGCAGAGAGAAAUGGAGAAGAUUACAACAAGCUUGAACAAAAACUUUUGCUUGAUUGUGUGAGUGAAAGCCUGGAGUUGAAGUGUGGGCAAGUUUUUGUUGGAAGCUGCACAGGAUGGGUUAAGUGGGGAAAAUUGGUCCAAAAAAGGGGGUGGUUGGCAGAAGAGUUGUACAAAGAGAUUUUGGAUUGGAAAAGCAUGGGGGAUAUAAUGGUGGAUGACCUUAUAGAAAAGGACAUGAGCAGAAAAUAUGGGAGAUGGCUUGAUUUUAACCUGGAAGCAUUUGAAGAGGGUGUAGAGAUUGAGAAAAGUAUAUUAACUUCUUUAGUUGAUGAAUUAGUUUUUGAUUUAUUGCUUUAAGGAUCUCUUAAGAUAGCCCUUUUGCUUUUUGGUUUUCCCCAUUUAAAUCAGUGUGUCUAGCUAG